GAGAAGAUCACCCUCCUACAAAACGGUAGGAAAAGGGUUUAUACUUUGGCUACGCCCUGCUUUCGAUCCCUGGCAAAAUAGGCAUCACAGCCACACUUGUCAGCUCUUCCAAUCAGCCCUGCAUUGCAUCCCGGUCCUGGUCAGCUCAAGCCAAGCACUCAUCCAGGCGCAGCUCAGCCUAGAUCCUCUCUCGACUUUGCCUCUUAGUUGCGUAAUAUCCUUUGGAAGCAGUCAUUCCCCUCACCAAUUUCACCGAUCACGACUGCAAAACCAGCUGUCCACCCUACAUCGACGUUUACUGUAUCGGCGUCGAGACUUGCUAGCUCGUAACAGCACCGAGGAAGCCGACGGAUCGGGUGCCGAGGGCGAUCUUCCUUCUCUGGACGAGUGAUCGCAUAACCCAAACAAAUCGUCUGGGACAAGUAUCGAGUAAAUCGGUUGACGUUUGACGUGUACCGCGCAUUGUACCUGUCAGCACGAUGUUGGUACCCGUGCUAAGAGCGAGGGAAGACAUGGGGUCGGCCUCACAGAAGCAGACAUUCAUUGUUAUCGCAGUCAUCAUAAUAGCAGGCUUCGUCAUCCUCAUCACCACAUACCUCCUCAAAGCCAAACUCCGAGCUAGACGGGCCUCCAGCGCAAGCACGAGCGACAAACCAGCUUCGCUGUUCUCCUGGAAGAACUUUCGCAAACGACCCCGCCGCCAUGACUACUCGACCAGCCUGCAGGACACCGAGUAUCGUGGGAAUAGCGUCGCAGAGAACCGGGAGAUGAGUGGAGCGGCAGAUCCCGAGAGGCAGAACAGCAGUACAGGCAGGGUGGAUAGAAACACUUCGGUGCGCAGCGUCAUGACAUUGCCGGCGUACACGCCUGCUGCGAGAGAGGAUGAGCGGAUACUGGGGCGGGAGGGAGAAAGAGCAGGAAUGGACAAUGUUGUCGAGCUGCCAGAGACAUUGGACGACGAGGAGAUGCGCCGCGAGCAGGAAAUGGAGUCUCUGUAUCAGAUCCGACUGGCGCGGCGCGUCGAGGCAGCAGAUCGGGAGGCAAGACGGCAAGCACGGCGCGAAGCUCGCCAGAGAGGCGACUCCCAGACACUCGCAGAUAUUCGCCGCCGGGCCGAAGAAGCAGCCGAUUUGUCCGUCUCGCAACUGCUGAUCGCCGAACACCAGAACGCAAACCGCGACCGACGAGUCUCCUCUGUAGCCUACGGCGACCUCGGCGUCGCCCGACACGACGGCACACGGCUGCGCGCAAACUCUUCCGAAAGCGACAACCGCCCACUCCUCGACUCCGCCGCGUCUAUGUCCGGUCAAAGCGGUCACUCUCGUUCCCACACAAACACUACACUCGACACACAUCACCGCGGUCUGUCCGUCACCUCAGUCUCCCACUCCAUCGACUCCCGCGCCUCGAGCGAAUUUGAGUUCCCGGAAGCCGUUCGCACACGCUCGCAGUCGAAUAACGGCUUCGAAGUCGUAUCGCUGGACCAGGAGAGGAAUAGGAGCGGAAGCAGGGGCCCAUCGCCUACCGUCGAGAUACCCAGAGAACAGGCGCCAGCAUAUGAGCACCCACCAAAUUACGAAAGUCCCUUAGAAACAGGGGCCCCGCAGCUACCGCGUCUGAAUCUGGAUCUUGAGCCAUUGCCCAGCAUACAAGUCACGACAGAUCCCACACCUGUCGAUAGGCCAUCGCAGUCGUCCUUAUGGAGACCAGCUUCGACAUAUUGAGCCAGCUAUUUGAAUCGAAUAUAUUUGCUUUAACUUAUAUUAUUUUUGAGUCAUGCCGAGCGUAUAGGCGGCUAAUGAAUCUACGAAGCGAUGUCGAGAAGCUCUCGUUCCUUGUUUUAGUGAUGUAUGAAGCUCUGUAGAAUUGGUGAUUACAUGUCACAGUUGUAUGAACUUAUUAGAGCUGACUUGCAUAUGACUUCUCUUUGUCUAUCUUGGCAUCUUGCGAU